GAAAGAAGCUCCUUUUUUCAUUUCAAUGGUACUGGACGUGAACAUCUGAAUCAAAUGCUAAAAUUGGCAAAUUGCCCCCUCCUUCGCUGCUGCUAGUCUGCAAUGAUCUUCUGAGCAGGCAUCCGUUCAGGACAUGGAUUGCCGAUAACUCAACAAGGUAUGAACGGGCGCUUUCGUACAAGAUCAAAUCGCUAUAAUAGUACUGUUUUCAUGGACAUUUUCCCCUGAUAUGAUUGUUUCAUCUGUAAAAAAAUGAAGACCCUGUAAAUCGCGCCCCCUACAGUCUGAAGGCUAACAGAAGAGCUACCUGAUAUCUGCUCGUCUCGUCAAUGUCAGAUCCGUCCGCAUAACCCACUCAAACCUUGAAUGUGUUGUGUAAUUAUUUUGAUGGCUACAAACCCAACCCGGUAGUCACCCUUAGAUUUGGGUAGGAAAACUACCCUUGAUACUUUUUGUCUCUAUAUUUCAAGGUUUUGCAGAAUGAUGUUAAUAAAUUGAUUAAAGCUGUAUAGUUUUCAGGAGUGAUUUGGCUGUUUGAAUUAGCUGUAUAACAGUUAUUUUAGAUUUAGCUGAGACAUCGUACCUUUUCGUUGUUCUUUUUGGAACCUAAGGUGGAGUUGCAAGGAGGUCAUAAACCACUAUGGGGUGUCUGGAUCAGCAUAUUGAAGCCAAUGGCAUCUGUCCAGGGCCCAAAGGUGGCACAUGGAAGCCAUCCAGGAACGCUCUGGCUUGUAUGGUGAACUCUGAAGUUGGAGCGGUUUUAGCUGUGAUGAGGAGAAAUGUACGAUGGGGGAUUCACUAUGCCGCUAGCGAUGAUCAGGUAGAGCAUUCUCUCAUUCAGUCAUUCAAGGAGCUGCGGAAAAAGAUCUUCUCAUGGCAACAUAAAUCGAAUUCGAUCGAUCCACUGGUCUUUCUCCAGCCAUUUCUGGACGUGGUCCAAUCUGAUGAAACUGGUGCACCAAUCACAGGUGUUGCUUUGUCAUCCAUUUACAAAUUUUUAACCCUUGAAAUUCUUGAUUCGACUUCUAAGAAUGUAGACAAGGCUUUGCAUCGGAUAGUUGAUGCUGUCACCAGCUGUCGUUUUGAAGUGACUGAUUCUGCCUCUGAAGAAGUGGUGUUGAUGAAGAUUCUACAAGUUCUUUUGGCUUGCAUGAAAAGCAAGGCAUCUGUUUAUUUGGGAAACCAACAUGUGUGCAAUAUAGUAAAUACCUGUUUCCGGUUGGUCCGCCAGGCAAGUGCAAAAAGUGAACUGUUGCAAAGGAUAACACGCCACACAAUGCAUGAUUUGGUUAGGUGUAUCUUUUCUCACCUGCCUGAUAUUGAGAGCAAAGAAAUUGUUUUGGAUCAGAGAAAAAUAUUAUGUGCUACUCCAGAGGAUGAUAUGUUGAUGGAAGACAACACUUUUAGGGACCGGCAAUCUAUCCUUGAUGGUUCUGGUAAUGAACAAUCUCAUUUGAGUGCAUCUCCAAACCAAUUGGCAAGCAAGAACAAUGAACUGGGCGGCCAGGAGGAGAGUAUAAGUGGUGGAGAUCUUUCCACGAUGGAUCCUUAUGGAAUCCCUUGUAUGCUGGAGAUACUUCAUUUCCUUUGUUCUCUUCUGAAUGUGAUGGAUCACAUGGAAAUUGGUCCACGAUCAAAUCCUAUAGCAUAUGAUGAGGAUGUCCCUCUUUUUGCAUUGGGUUUAAUAAAUUCAGCAAUAGAAUUAGGUGGAGCUUCGUUUGGAAACCAUCCUAAAUUACUGACCUUGAUACAGGAGGAGUUGUUCCGAACUUUGAUGCGCUUUGGCCUGUCCAUGAGCCCACUAAUCCUCUCAACGGUUAGUAGCAUCGUUCUAAACCUCUAUCACCAUCUCCGUGAUAAACUAAAGCUGCAGCUUGAAACUUUCUUCUCCGGUGUGCUCUUGAGGAUUGCGCAGAACAAACAUGGAGCUUCUUAUCAACAGCAGGAGGUUGCUUUGGAAGCUCUAGUUGACUUUUGCAGGCAGCAUGUUUUCAUGACUGAAAUGUAUGCUAAUUUUGAUUGUGACAUAUCUUGUAGCAACAUAUUUGAAGAACUUGCUAACCUUUUGUCAAAGAGCACGUUCCCAGUCAACAGCCCUUUAUCAGCAGUGAACACUAUUGCUUUGGAUGGUCUAAUUGCUAUUGUUGAAGGAAUUUGUGAAAGAAUUGGGCAUGGUUCAGUUUCAGAACUCAUUUCGUCAGAUUCUGAAGAAUAUAAGCCGUUUUGGACUGAGGUAUGUCAAGAUUAUAAUGACCCUACUCAUUGGGUUCCUUAUGUGCAUAAGAUGAAGCAAAUUAAAAAGAAGUUGAUGAUUGGAGCCGACCAUUUUAACCGGGAUCCCAAGAAAGGUCUCGAGUUUGUUCAAGAAAUGCAUUUGUUACCUGGUGACAAACUGGAUCCCACCAGUGUAGCUUGUUUCUUCAGAUACGCACCUGGGUUAGAUAAAAAUCUUAUUGGGGAUUUCUUAGGUAGCCAUGAUGAAUUUUGCAUCUCCGUGCUUCAUGAAUUUGCAAGGACAUUUGAUUUUCGUGGUAUGAAUUUGGAUAUAGCGCUGCGGAUAUUUCUAGAAACAUUUAGAUUACCCGGAGAGUCGCAAAAAAUACAAAGAGUGCUUGAAGCAUUUUCUGAAAGAUAUCAUGAGCAAUCUCCAGAUAUUCUGGCAAACAAAGAUGCUGCUCUCCUCCUAUCAUAUUCAAUCAUAUUGCUCAACACUGACCAACACAAUUCACAGGUUAAGAAGAAGAUGACAGAAGAAGAUUUCAUCCGUAAUAACCGGAGGAUUAAUGGGGGACAGGACCUUCCCAGAGAGUUACUGUCGGAGCUUUACCACUCCAUAUGUGAGAGCGAGAUCCGGAUGACCCCAGAUGCAGGUAAUGUAGCCUCUGCCGUCAUGAUGCCAAGCUACUGGGUUGGUCUUGUCCACAGAUCGAACCACACUGCCCCAUUCAUAGUCUGUGAUGAGAAACCUUACGUUGACAAACAUCUCUUUUCAAUACUAUCUGGGCCCAUAGUUGCUGCCAUCUCUGUCGUGUUUGAUCAUGUAGAAGGGGAAGGCAUCUUACAAACCUGUGUUGAUGGGUUCUUGGCUGUUGCUAAGAUUUCAGCAUCAUAUAACUUCGAUCAAGUGUUGGAUGAUUUGGUGGUGUCACUAUGCAAAUUCACCAACUUGUUGCUCCCGUCCUACUCUGAAGACUUCAUUAUUAGAUACGGUGAUGACAGCAAGGCGAGGAUGGCCUCCACUGCAGUCUUUACCAUAGCAAACGAGUAUGGUGACCACAUUCACUUGGGUUGGAAGAACAUUUUGGAUUGCAUUUUAAGCUUGCACAGGUUUGGACUUCUUCCUUCACGUAUCCUCAGUGAUUCAGCUGAUGAUGACCCAGAGUCAUCGUCUACUGAUGUGGAUAAAAAGAGAUCUGCUGCGGUUCUCUCUACAGGAUCUAACAUACCACCACUAGCCGCUUCUAAUAGGAAAUCAUCUGGCUUAAUGGGCCGGUUUAGCCAGUUUUUGUCUCUGGAUAUUAUUGAAGAUGCUGCAGCUGAUCCCAGUGAGGAACAGAUUGAUGCUCGUCAACGGACGCUGCAGAUGAUCCAAAGCUGUCACGUUGAUAACAUCUUUGCUGACAGUAAGUUUCUGCAAGCAGAGUCACUAUUGCAGCUCGUUCAGGCACUUGUUUCGGCUGCAGGAAAGCUUUCUUCUAAAGGGAGAAAGGAAAGUGAUGAAUUGACUGCUGUUUUUUGCCUGGAGUUGUUAAUUGCAAUAACAUUAAACAACAGGGACCGGAUUAUGCUUCUCUGGCAAGGUGUUUAUGACCAUAUAGCCAGUAUAGUCCAAUCAACCAUAAUGCCGUGUCCUCUAAUUGAAAAGGCUGUGUUUGGAUUGUUACGAAUAUGCCAGCGGUUGCUUCCUUAUAAAGAGAACCUGACCGAUGAGCUUCUCACAUCUCUGCAACUAGUGUUGAAACUUGACGCCCGGGUCGCCGACGCUUACCUACCACACAUCACGGAGGAAGUGAUGCGUCUCGUGAGAGCAAAUGCCGUACAGAUACGAUCCCACAUGGGGUGGCGCACAAUAAUUUCGCUGCUCUCGCUCACGUCCCGACAUCCAGAAGCGUCAGAUGUGGGUUAUGAGACGCUAUCAUUCAUCAUGUCUGGUGAUGGGGCCCGUCACCUCUUACCAGCAAACUACGUUCUCUGCAUCAACGCAGCCAGGCAGUUUGCUGAGCACCAGGUCGGGAGCGUCGACCGGUCUGUAACAUCCUUGGAUCUAAUGGCAGGUUCGGUUGUUUGUCUCGUGAGGUGGUCCCACAAGACAAAAGAAGCACUGGAGGGGGAUGCCGCAUCAAAGAUGUGUCAGGAUAUUUGGGAGAUGUGGCUGAGGUUGGUACAAGGGAUAAGAAAAGUGUGUUUGGAUUCUAGAGAAGUUGUCAGAAACCAUGCAAUUUUGAUGUUACAAAGAUGUUUGACCGAAGUUGAUGGAAUCAGUGUUCCAAAUGACUUGUGGUUACUUUGCUUCAAUCAACUCAUAUUCACAUUAACAGAUGAUCUGCUUGAACUUGUGCACCGUAAUAAUUCCUUGAAGGAUCAUAGUAGCAUUGAAGGAUCAAUUGUUUUGUCAUUGAAGCUAAUGUCAAAAGUCUUCUUGCAGCGUCUUGAGGAUCUUUACCGCAUGGACUCGUCUUUCCAGGCACUAUGGUUAACGGUUCUGGAUUGCUUAGAGAGAUGUAUGAAGGUGAAAUAUCGGGGGAAGAAAAGUGGGAAAAUCACUGAACUUGUUCCGGAGCUACUCAAGAACAUUUUGCUUGUCAUGAAGACAAGUGGGAUUCUGUCACCCAGUAAACUUAUAGAAGGUGACAGUUUCUGGCAGUUGACAUGGCUGCAUGUGAACAAUAUCGCCCCAUCUCUUCAAUCAGAAUUUUUUUCCCAAACUGAACUGGAAGAGCAGCAGCAGCACGUCCAAAUGGGACAGAGUCCGAUCCCUGGUGAAAGUGUUCUCAUUGCAGCUUCGGGUGGAACAACUUAGAAGAGACUCUGACUAAGAUUCUAAGGGCCCAUUUGAAAGAGACAAUAUUUGCUAACCUACUUUUUAGUCAAUUAUUCAAAAGUAAGAUGACUCCCCAUCCCACUACAGUUCAUAUAUUUCAGGGUAAAUGACAUGGUGACAAUGUUCUCUUCCUCUUUGGUUUUGCUACCAUUUCAUUCCACAUACAAGGUAUUAUUUACAUUUUCUUUUCAAUAGCUCCAUUCACUUGCAACUGAAAGUCUGAUGUUUAACCAGUCUCUAAUGAAUUCCCUAUUAGUUCUUCUUCCUGUUAAAUUAAUAGUGAGUUACUUGAGAUUCAAGUAGUAUUGUAAAUUUGUAAUUGAUAUCUCACAUCUGUACGCUUAAAAUAUAUUCACAAAACUGCAUCGGCUUCUGCCUUCUCAUAUUCUGCCUUUGAUUUCGAUGUUGUUCAAAUAAUCUCUGCUUCACUUAGUUAUGAAUUUUGACAUGGUUGUAAAGUGUUCGCUAAAAUGCCUUAGCUUAGUCAAUAGAUGUUGGUAAACAUGGACUAAUCUCUUUAAUCCAAAUGAAAAACUAGAACUAAGUAACUAACAUAAAAUUUCUAUUAUUUCUUUGAUUACCUUAUACAAUGUUUGUCGUAAGUUUUGUGUGCCUAUUUGUUGACAGAAAUACUUAUACUCUUCACCAGGUGGUCUGGGUAUUAAAUUUAGCAUAGGCUUACCUGACAAUUGCAUGACAAAUUAAUUAAUUUCGAUAAGUCGCAUAAACUAACAAUAACUAUCAAACAAAUAGACUCUCAUACUUGAUACUUCUCAGUUUAGAAAAUUUACUCUAAAAAAUUCUUAGAAAUGAAAUCUGCUCCAUAAUCUAAAUAUAUUCUCCUAAUUUUCUUUAAUUAGAAUAGAAUUAGUUUAGUUUUCGUAACUACACUAAAAAAACACAGUGAAUAGGGUCUAUUGCAAACAAUCUUAAUGUACUAGUGUUUCACUAUAAAUGCCAAAGCAAAGACAAGAGUUUGGUGUUAAAAAGAUUGCAGUGUUUUAGUGAAUAAAUAUCAAAGUGCAUAUGGUUACAAGUGGAAGAAAACAUUGAAAAUGGAAAAACAAGGCUCUUAGAAUAAGGACAAAAUGGUCAAAAUGGUAUAUGAAGUUGUAUCGAUAGGAGUAAGUGUACUUCAUCUUGAAAUUUUAAAGUACUUGAACUUAUUUUUUUGUAGUCAAUCAAGUACAUUUGCUUUGUCCAAAUGUUAAAAUAGCUGACCUGACCAAACUAUCCGUUGCGUAUUAUACAGUUGCAGUCCAAGUCAUCAAAUAAUUAAUCUAUAAAUUCUAUUUUCCUUCAGUCUACUCGUUUUUACCUUCGCUCUUCAUCUUAUAUUUUUCUCAUUUGCUCUCCCUUCUCUCUGCUCUACAUCUUAUAUUUCUCCUAUCGGCUUCUUCUUUUUGCUCUAUUUUAUUUUCUUCUUCUCUGGCUAUAAUAAAAAUGGACCGAUAUCAAAUAAAAGAAGAAGCCAACGAGAUAGCAAGGAGGGAAGACGAAAGAGAAGGAGAGCAACACGGGCGGAGCUAGAGGGGGCCAACCGAGGCCCUGACCUUCCUCAAAUUUAAAAAACACUUUAAUUUUAAAGUAAAAAUUUUAUGUUUUUUUUUCAAAAAUAUUCUUUGUACUUCUCCGGUCCGGCCCAGUCCCCUGGCUCCGUCCUUGGAGAGAAGACGAAAGAAAUAUAAGAUGAAUUGCGAGAGAAGGGAGAGCAAAUAUGAGAAAUAUAAAAUGAUGAGCGAAGGUGGAAAAGAGUCAACUAAAGGAAAUUAGAGUUUAUAGAUUAAUUAUUUGAUGACUUGGACUGCAACGAUAUAUUACAAAUUGAUAACUUGGUUGGAUCAGCCAUUUUAAUGUUUUAACAGAGCAAAUGUACUUGAGCAACUUUAAAAAUGCAAGUUCAUGUACUUUGUAGUUUAAGCGUAAGAUGGAGUACUACUUACUCCACUUGAAACAAGUUCUUGUACCAUUUUGACCAUUUUCUUGAAUAAGAAGGCAUAUGUAUAUGUCAAUUAAUAUGAAUAAAAAAACUUAUGGUCCUCAUUUCAAAGUUAUGCUUCAAGGGAAAAAAAUUCCCUGUUAAGACCAGCGACAAUUUCUAGGAGGUUUCCUGGUGUUGCUAGACGCCAUUUUCUAAGAAUAAUACUGGUGUUUGUGUACAAGCUUUUCCACUUGUAACCAGUUUCUAAAGAAUAAGCAGAUCUAUGUAUCUGUCCAUAUGAACAAGACGACAUAUACUUCUUAUAUCAAAGGUAUGGUCUAAGGGCAAAAUUGUUCCAUUACAAUCACCAAUAUCUAGAUUUCCAUGAUUUGCAAUGGAACCAAAGAUUCAGUAUUCUUUGGCUUGAGAAUAUGAUGGAAUAAAGCAAAAUGGCUCACCAAACUGUUUGCGCUUCUUUGUUAUGAAGCAGCAGUCAGUGCAUCCAAUUUUCGACGCGAUUUUCACCUUGGGUCAUCCGGAAACAGUCUCUUUGUGCUUUAGUAUAGGGGUAAGGCUGCGUACAUCCGACCCCCUUACCCCACCGUAGGUGGGAGCCUUUGCGGCACUGGGGUAAUGAUGAUGAUGAUGAUGAUGACGAUCACCAAUAUCUAGGAAGUUUCCUUUUGUUGCUAUUUUUUCUGUUUAAACCAUCACUAAAGUCUGGGAAGUUUGAUGGUUUUGCUAGCAUUUUUGGGUAAAAAAAGCAUUUUAUACUAAUUUAGUAGAUAUUUUUAACAGUUUUGAAAACUUCCUACUUUUUUUUGAAAAUUCUCUAUAUCAUUGUAUGCCCUUUUUGUAAGAAUUAUACUGGUGUUUGUUUGGAUGGUUUUUCCACUUAUUGCUCUACAUAUUUUCGGUGUAGGACUUGCAAGCUCUGGUGUUGUGGAAAAUUUUAUAAAACUGUUACCUGCUCUUGUUAGUUGUUUCCGCAACUUCAUUAUGUUGGUUCAUACUACAGCCCAAAUAGAUACCCCCAACCCUAUGAUUGUAUGCAAGUUCUUCAAAACAUACAUCUUGUCGUCAGAUUUUAUUGAAGUCUUUAAAAGAGUCAACAAGACGUGAGAAGUGAGCUUGCCAACAGCCACACACUGGACAACAUAUGGGCUCAAAGCAUAUCUCCGGCAGUUCUAAAGAAGCUUUGGGAUGAGUUUUCUUUCAAUACUGGCCAUGGCUUGUUAGAGAAGGUAUAAUUUCCUUUUUCAACGAGCUGGUACAGUACUAACAGAAAGAAGUCAAUAGAACAUUACAAAUAUGUUAACAAAGCCUAUGACCAGUCACCCAUAGUAUGUAAACAAUUCAUUUUCAAGGCUCUCCAAACCCCUUCGGUGACCAACUUAUAUUCAUUACUUUUUAUUUUAUGAAUUGUGUCAUUUCGCUCCCUAUUUUAUAGAUAUAGAUUUAUUUCGUUAGGAUUAUCCUGAUUCCAAAAGGUGCCUUACUCACUGAAUGUAUCUAUCAUUCUAUCUUUGUUUUCUAAUGUGUUGCCAUACUGUAACUUUUUAUUAUCUAUGAGAUAAUGAGAAAUGUCUCACUCUGUCUGUAACUCUGUAAGCUGAGGAUGAGAAAAAGAAUAUCAUGAGUGACAUACUUUUUGUUCGCAAUUU